AUGCAACCAACUCAAUUGACGGGCAGGCCUAGGAUCAACAAGGCGGGGUUGAUUGUAACUGCUGAGCUUGAUGAGGCUAUCUCAAGGUGUAGACGCAAGGUUCAGAGAUUAGCGAAGGACUGCCGGAGAGGGAACAGGCGAUACCGUGAUAUCGAUUUCGACUUAUUGGAGGAUCAGGACCAUUGCCUGCAUGGCUACAUUACCGAUCCUAACUUCAAGAAGCAUACCCCUACAGAGGCUCUGCGUGUCGCUCAAAUAUUCGAAGAUCCCAAGUUCUUCGUAGACGGCGCGACGGCGAGUGAUAUCGCACAAGGCCACAUAGGAGAUUGUUGGUUCGUCAGUGCCUUGUCCGUGGUGGCCAACGCCGGAUUGAUUGAGCAAAUCUGCGUGGAGCGAGAUGAGAAAGUAGGCAUCUACGGCUUCAUUUUCUGGAGGGACUCAGGAUGGGUGGACGUCAUUAUCGACGAUCUUCUUUUUGUGAGAGUUCCUCGCUGGACGGAUCUCACGGAAAGAGAGCGCAUGCUGUAUAAGAAUGACCAAGACGUAUACGCUAAGGAAGCGAGGAAGGGAAGUAAGGCUCUCUAUUUCGGCAAGUCGCAAGGAGAUAACGAAACGUGGGUACCGCUGAUUGAGAAAGCCUACGCUAAGUUGCAUGGGGAUUAUACAUCCCUGGAGGGAGGCUAUACGAACGAAGGUGUAGAAGAUCUGACCGGUGCGGUGUCGACUUUGAUGUACACACAGGAUAUCCUCGAUCCCGACGAGUUCUGGACUAGUGAACUCUUGUCAGUUCACGAGAACCGUGCCUUCGCUUGCUUCAUUCCUAGCAAGCCGAACACGACUCAACAGAACACUAACGGUCUUUUCAUGAACCAUGCAUAUUCUGUCACAAAAGCCGUCGAGUUCAAUGGCAAGAGGUUCCUGAAGGUCAGGAAUCCGUGGGGGGAGAAGGAGUGGAACGGCAGGUGGAGCGACGGGAGUAAGGAGUGGAACGGAGAGUGGCUCGAAGCGCUUUCCGCCCUCAAUUACAAGUUUGGCAAUGACGGAGAGUUCAUCAUGGAGUACUCCGAUUUCCUCAAAACUUGGGAUGCCGUCGAGAAAUGCCGAUUCUUCGACAAGGAGUGGUCCUGCAGCCAACUCUGGUUGUGGGCAAACUUGGGUACCUAUCCGCGCCCUACGAACUUCGGUGACAUCUCCUUCACGUUCUCGCUCUCAAAGGAUACCGACGCUGUGAUCGUCCUUGCCAAACUCGAUGAGCGGUACUUUUGUGGUGUGGGGAGUCAAUACUACUUUAGUCUGCAUUGCCAGGUCUUCAAAGAAGGAGAAGAUGAACCUGUUGCUAUCUCCAUGCACAACAAACUUUGGGACCGGAGCGUCAAUCUGGAGGUUUCUCUGGAGGCGGAUAACUAUGUCGUACAGGUGCGUGAUUUAUGA